CAAUAUCCGAGAUCUAUGAUGGACAUUAAUUCCGUUGAACCAAAAUUGGCCGUUGAAAUCGUUAAAACGAUUUUAAAGCAUAUUAACGAUCUUCCGCCAAACCUUGAUGAAAAGGAUGUCGAAUUCAUAAAUAUAGGUCGUCAGAUGAUUGAUGCCCUUUUGACCGGAAAAGGUUGUGGAGGGGUGGGAUGUGUGCCUCACUAUCAGAUUAUUGAAGAGCUAGAGAAUGUAUACGGACCGACCGCUCAGGGAAAUUUCUUGCAUGUACAUUGGUCGAUGGAAAAUUUUGUCAAUGAAUUAUCACACCGUCGUAAGCGACUCGCGUUUUUGAUGAUUCCACCUGACGCUUCCUGGCUGUUAAUAUCACAAUACAGUCGGCAACAUGAGUAUGAGGAUGUGACUAGUUUAGAAAGUCAUCGAUCAUUUUUCUGUGAUUAUGAAUUAUUUAUCGAAGAAGGGCAUGUCUCCACUGUUACCACUAGAUUUCGUGAUAUGCUAUUUCAACGUGCACCAAUCGAAGAGAUUCGAGUGCUAAUGAAGGCGGAGAAAUCUAGGCAUUCCAUUGGAACGGAACCACUGUGCAAAGCUUUCUUUUCAAAAGUACAUGAUAUCAUUAUCUCCGUGCAAAAGCAGUCGGAUUUUAACGAAAUAAUAAUAGGCAUUUUUUAUAACGUCAAUUACCAAAUUUCAAAUGAUGAAAUUUUGAUACCCGACAAUUUGGACUUCUGGGAGUUAAUUAUUGAACUUGGUGAUCAAUUGUAUGGCUUGGUGACAUCCGAGAAUAUGAAAUAUGAAGAAACUCUGUCCGAAUUUUAUCAUAUGGUUUAUCCAAAACACGGAGGUCACUUUAUUGGACGUGGACACACCAUUCCUAAAGAUAACACAUUAAUUUGGUUGUUAUUGCAACUAUUUCACAUUGAAAAGAUUGAAGAACAAGUCAUCGCAGAGGAUAUGAAAACUGAUGAAAGUUUGUUUAGCAUGCUCAUUCAAUUAUACAAUGAUUCACAGACCAGGUCCAAAGAUGCCUUUUAUUUGCGAGAUUUAUCCUUACAAUGCGCAAUAAAUUUGCAACGAAUGAAUAUUCGUGAUAGAAAUAGCCUUAAACAGCGCCACCCUCAGAUUGUAGCUGCGCUGCAUUACAUGACAACCCUUCAUAGGUUACAGGAACAAUCAACAAACUAUAAAACAAAGGUUGUAGAUCACGGUCUUUUCCGCGAUUUGCCUAUCCAGGAUAUGGUCAAGGUCGCUAUCUGCAGUCAAUGCCUUAAAAAUUUAAUAGCCGAUAUACUUUACGUAUAUUUGGUUCCGGAUCGGCGCAUAGAAAGUGGGAAACUCGGAUUUCCCGAAACAAAAUUUUUGAAAGGUGGAAAUAUUAAUUAUAGACUUUUGGAUUUCAUUAAUGUCUAUAAUAAACACAGACUUUCACAACUUAUCUAUAAGAUGAUGCUUGAUGGAGAAGCCUUCACAAAAUCUAAUACCGAUGAUGAGCAAAAUAUAAAUUGUGUGUCACCCUACCUUUUGGACGUCGUUUACAAAAUUGUUUAUAGUUCACCUUGGUCGUUGGAACUAAUGGUCAAGGAAAUAUUAGAGAAACUGAAACGUAUUGAUAAGCAUACCAAAAGUUUUGCCGAAGGAGGUACUCCCUUAACCGAAACUUCUUUGCGAUGGCAACAUACCAUUCUGCAAAUCUUCAGUCACCGGUUUCUUAGGCUGCUAAAAUAUUCUGCAAAGGCAUACGAAUUAUUACAUCAUGUCAAAUACUCGGUAUCUUAUUUGGAUCACCGUCAGACAUAUCAUGACGCCGAAACAUUUGCGAUCCAUAUUAUGAUGAUUCAAAAUAAUUCAAAGUUCAUUAAAAGUCUAAUUGAUCCGAGUCGUGAAAAGCCGCAUUGGUUUCCAGAAUCAGAACUAUUGGCGAGAUACGCGAUCUUUACUUUGGCACGUUUGAUAAAAUUAAGGGGUCGGGAUGAUAUUCACGAUAUUGAAAGUAUAUUAACAAGCAUCUAUCCUCAUCAACUUCAUUGGUCGGUCACGACCCUCGGGUUUUUCCCUGAACCAUUGGGAUCUUACCUUGCUGCACAACAAUCGGGAAUCGGCGCUAUUCCCUCUGCGAGUGCGGGUAUGCAUGUCGGAAAUCUUAUCAAUCUGUUCUUGGAUCAAACUCUUCCUCCUGACGACGUAGAAGUGUCGAAAGAACAUUUUUCUCAGAUAAAUAAUCAACCGAUAUUUUUGUGCUCUUUAUGGAAGAUUGGAUGCAUGCGAAAAAGCAUAAACCCUGAUAUAAUGAGCAUAUAUCGAAAGGUCUUGCUCCAAUUUCCGCCCUCCAGAAUGGCAUCUUAUACAAUAACAUUAAUAGAUUUCAUAAUUGAAAUGAUUGUAACUGACCCUAAUGCGAAUCCAGCGGAGGUGUGUUACCAAAUGCUUGACGAAUUGAUUUGGAGAUAUCAAAUUUUGGCAUUUGAGCAUGUUCUUUUUGCACUUGUCAGAGGCCAUAGUGAAACUAACGACACUGCAUUUGGGAUACUUGACUAUCUACUCUUUAAAUCCGAGGGGUUCUCGGAGAGAGUUUCUUAUUUUAUAUCUUUGGGUUUUUCACACAGGUAUUGGAUUGAAGAUGAUCACCACGAUAAGAUGAUGAAAUACCUUGAAAGAUAUCCUGAAUACUUUCAAUAUGAGGCAUAUGCGAUGGAUGGUUAUGAGACAGUUAGCAAACCUCUGGAAUUACCAUUGGCCACGCACAUGCCGAUUUAUUACACUAGCUCAAUCAGAAAAUCCUUGCCAAUACUCGACAUAGUCAUUGGGAGGCUGAUCGAAUUUGGAGAGCAAGAGAUGCUCGUAAAGUUAUUGGAUGAAUACUGUAACCUUUAUAGAUUUCAUCAAACUCCGCUUGCCUUCGUAAAGGACCUUUUUUGCUAUUAUUAUACUGCUCCUACUUUGAGAGAUCCUGCAGUAUCAACGAGAUUGAUAAAAUUAAUUGAUUAUGAUGAAUAUGAUAUAGAUUCGGAAUUGUUACAAUUUGGGUACUCCGAAGAUGUUUUUGAAGUUACUUAUUUUGAAAAGGUUUUUCACAAGUUGGCCGAAUCAAUGUCACAAGAAAAAUGUGCUCCAAAGACCGACACAAAACUACCUGAGCGUCAUUUUCGCGAAAUCCCGAACCCUGUUGUACUCGCAUUACAUAUUGCUUGUAUAGAAGUUCUUGCCACUCCGACAUCGCCCGAGGAUAUAGUGAAGGCAACUUUGGACAUUAUAAUUCGUACAAAUGGUCGCAAGAAAGUUUCCUUAUCACCAACUGUUAUCCAUGCCACCGGAUUGUUAUAUUCUUUUCUGCCUACAGAAGAAUUCGUUUAUAAGAUGUUUGACGAAAUGGUUAUGUUUAUAAGUACAGAUCCCCAUCUUGGAGAGUUUUCGCAGGAAUAUAACCUGACACUUCAACCUCAGUCGUUGUCAUUGACAUUUUUUGGAUUUGCACCUUAUCACUCGACGGAUCCGUUGCAACAAUGGACAUUUUCGCAUUCCACACACCCAUUCUCGACAAUGUUUCCUUACAUAUUUAACGACUAUAGCUCCAACCUUCAUAAUUUUACGACAAAUGCGGCCAACAGUUUCCUCACAUUUAUGCACAGUUUGCUACACUACUCAAGUACUGGCGUUUUACAAAUGCUCUUCACCCAACUUAUAACCUUGCAAGAAAAUAUUAGGACCGACAUUCAAGUACUUUAUCUAUGUGCACUGGUUGGACCAGUCAUGCAUAGAUUGGAGUCCAAUUCAUUAGUGUUGUCUUCUUACUUGUUACACAUAUUUCAAUUAUUAAAUAAUGUUACCCAAAAUAUGAGAAUAGAAGAUAGUGGAGACACAACCCUUGCAUUGGAACAGAUAUAUGACUUUUUACAUUUCAUAAAACCUAUGUUAUUUAACGAUCCACUUAUAGCUGCCAGUGUUCAACAAAUGAUUCGAUUGAUGAAAUUGCCAAUACAGAGUAGAUUAUGUGGAUUCCUCAUCCAAGAGAGUACAGGAUUUUGA